AGAGCACUACGAGUUGUAAUAAGAAAUUUACACUCCUCAACCCCAAUAGAAGUGAUUAAAGAAGAGUUAACGGCGUUAGGGUUCAAAAUACGUCAGAUAACCAAUGUUUUAAAAGAAAAUAAAGAACAACCAGGUGUAAAGAAUAAAAUCCCAUUGCCCUUAUUUUUCGUCGAUCUAGAGCCAUCGCCUGGGAUCGAAAAAAUAUACGAUGUGAAUAGAAUUUUCUACACCAGCGUAAAGGUCGAAAAACCGUACCCAAAAAGAGAGUUCAUCCAGUGCCAUAAUUACCAAGCAUAUGGCCACACCAAGUCUUAUUGCCACCACUUACCACGCUGCGUGAAAUGUUGUAAAACACACAAGUCUGGUGAAUGUAAUAAACCAAUUACAGAACCAGCAGUCUGUGCCCUAUGCCUGGAAGGCCAUCCAGCCAACUACAAAGGCUGCCAAAUUUAUAAAAAUCUUAAAGCGAGAUAUAUGAAACCCAGGGACCCUGAUGAUACACCUAAACCAAGAAGAGGACCCGCUAAAAUUGUGAACUCUAAGGUUUCUUUUGCCAAGCUACUUGGGGGUAGAGACCCGACUAAUGUAUGUGAGGCCCUGCCGCCUCAAUAUCCUAUCCCACCUAAUGUACCUAAUCAACAACAACCUCACCAACAUCAAAUCCAAUAUGUUCCAGCUUAUUGACAUCCUUUCUUUCAGAAUUUAAAUCCCUUGUUACCCCACUGAUAUCACUUCUCACUAACCUAGUAUCUCACCUUAUCCCUCCUUUAAAAAAUCCUUAAAUGACUUCCAUCAAACCCAUAUCCAUUCUCCUUUGGAAUGCGAAUGGUGUUAGAAAUCACAUACACGAACUAACAGCCUUACUACAAGACAAGAACGUAGACGUAGCCCUAAUAACGGAAACUCGACUGACUAAAAAACAGCUCCUAAAAAUACCACAAUACAUAACUUACCGUACCGACCAUCCUGACGGUAGAGCACAUGCCGGUACUGCAGUCAUUGUGCACCAAUCCCUCUCCCAUCACCUACUCCCACUGCCUACACACGAUUUCCUACAAUCCACCGCAGUCGUAAUCAAAACCUUCUCCUUUCCUAUUACCGUUGCAUCAGCGUAUUGCCCUCCAAACCAAUCCAUCUCCAAUAUCCAAUUUAGUUCCUUCCUCAUUUCCUUAGGACAUCAUUUCAUCUUGGGUGCAGACUUAAACGCCAAGCAUCAACAAUGGGGUUCAAGAACCACGAAUUCUCGUGGUCGAACAUUGCUGUCUGUACUCAAUUCCCAAAAUUUUACCCUUCUUCCACCCAACUCACCUACCUACUGGCCCACUGAUCCUAACCGUAAUCCCGAUAUCCUCGAUUUCUUUAUCCAUAAUGGUUUAGGUGCUCUCAACCAUUCCGUUGCCCGUCUUGACGAGCUUUCCUCAGACCACAGCCCAUUAAUACUCCAAGUAUCACUAGCUCCUAUUCCUAAACCCUCUCCUCCGUCCUUCAUCAGAGGCCCAGUUAACUGGAAACUCUUUCAUCAAAUCCUCUCCGAUAAAAUUGACCUCAGAGUAACCCUGAAAACCUCUGAAGACCUGGACAAUGCAGUACAUUCCUUCACUACCAAAAUUCAAGAAGCAGUCUGGACUGCUUCCUCCCCUGAUCACUCCUCAAAAAUCCUUAAGAAACAUAAUUUACCUCAACACCUCCUUGACCUAAUCCACAUAAAACGCCGUGCCAGAUUAUUAUGGCAACGUACCAGACAUCCAGCCGACUACUGCAAACAAUUAAAACUGGAAUUAGCCACCUUCAGAUCACAAUCCUUCAACUCCUACCUAUCCUCCCUCUCUUCUCGCGACAAUUCCCUAUCCAAUACAUUCAUUUCACAUCCGGAAUCCCAUCCAAAAAAAUCCUAAAAUCCCACCAUGUUUCCCAUCCCCUCCGUCGAAUUUAUG